CAUGGUCGUCCGAAUUGGGACGGAGCUGCCAAUGGGAGCUCUUUGGUAGAAGCGGUACAUGUCUUUUUAGCAAGCUUAAGAGCAAGGUAGCAAACGUUAUCUACAGUCGUUGUCACUGUUUGAGUCGUUUGCUGCGUGGCCCACUUCAAAAUUUUGAACGGCGGAACCCAAAGAGGCAAAGAGGAGCGAAAGCUAGCGACCAGCAGAUGAUGGCAGGUGGCUCCUCCGGCACGGGGAACAAGAAGAGACUAGCUAGAGAGAGACAGUGAUCACAGGCUCCACUCCCGGCGCCAACUUAGCCGUUGGUCCUUGGCUUCAGCUCGCUCAACGGUCACUCCGAUCCUCCCGCUCCAUAUUAAACCAACCUCCCCCGCGCACAACUGCACUCUAUCCAGUGCGCACUUCUCUGCUCAACUCAAGAACACCGCCACUCAGCAGCUCAACGCAAUGGCGUCGGCCGCAGGCGUCGGUCGCCUGCGGAGCUGCUCCUCGCUGCCAAACCUGCUCGUCUGGCUCCUCAACCUCUCCCUCCUCGUCCUCGCCGCCGCAGCGCUCUGCCCGGUCUUCCUCCUCCGGCCCCGCCCGACGCCCUUCGGCUGGGCGCUCGUCUCCGUGCACGCCACCACCCUGCUCUCCGCGCUCGCGGCACUCUACUCCCAGCUCACCCACCUGAUCUGCUUCCCGGCGCACGCGGCGCUCGCGCUCGCCGCGCUCUCCGGCCACGCGCUCGCCUCCCUCGCCUUCUUCCUCCGCCACGACCACAGCCUCCGGCUCCUCGGGUCCGCCAGGGACCGCAGGGAGCAGUUCGUCCUCGCGUUCCUGGAGGAGGUGCUGCUGCUGGGCAUGUUCCUGGCGCAGGCCGUGGCGCUGGCGGCCACGUGCGUGGUGAGCCGGCGGUGGGCGAGGGAGUACGAGGCAGCCGAGACGGAGAAGGCGGCGGCGGCGAGGAAGCGGGGGCGGAAGAUGGCACGGGUGCAGGCGGAGUCGGCUGCCGCGGCGGAGGCCGGGGUCAGAGCCGUCGACGAGAAGGUGAUGAGGAGCAGCAGCGGCAAGAAGGUGCACUGGGCCAAGAACGAUGAGUUCGAAGAGUGCUGAAAGAAGUAGGCAAUAGAAUCCAAGAAAGCAGAGAGGAAACGAGGUAUCAGAAAUAAUCUCAUGUAGUCAUUCAUGCGCUGUUGUUGUUCAGAGAUGGCCAUUAUAGUGUGGCCACAAACAACCAGCUAUUAUUACUUUUCAUUGCUUUUCUAGACUAUGUACUGUGAGUUGUUCUAUUUA